CGUUGAGCAGCACGAGAAUAUGUCCUCGGUCGCGGGGACAUCUCCUCGAUGGCAUGCCCACAGCUAAGUGCUGACCUCUUGCAGUGAGCCCAAAUGUCCCACUCGCCAGCACCCGCCGCGACAUCGGCCUCAUCAAAGUCGUGGUCAAGUUGGUCUGCAAGGAGGCUGAAGCAUUCCUCGCGCGACCUCUUGUCACUCGGCCAUCGACUCACAUUGACGGUUACUGGACGAUCCAGUGCGGUCGAUACUCGGUUCAGUCCCAGUACUUCGCGGCGCGAGGUACUGGCUUCCCGAGUGAUGUCGUGGCUGCGACGGUCACCCGUAUCCUGCACUUCGAGUCGAUCACUCGAUGCGCGUAGUACAGGUGGUACAUGUCUCGAUGUCCGACGUGAAGCUCGUACGUCGAGCACUACGCUGGACGUACGGCCCGACACUACAUCUGGUCCCAAUACACCAUUGUAUGAUGGACUGGCCACUCGCGCCGUAUCCUGUACCUCGCGCCAACUACUCGAUGUGCGAGUAGCUGGCAUUCGCGUCGAGUUCCCGUGGGUGGCCCGUACGUCAAGCUCACGGCUUGGCGUCCGUGUCGCUGCUGGGUCCGAGGCCAGUACAUCUUCGUGUGAUGUACUGCUUGUGUUGUGGAACGAGCGGCGGCCGUUCGAGGCCCCGCUCCCUUCCCCUCUCAAGAGAGUACCCCCCUCGUAGAGGAGGUAUCUCCUCCUUGCGCUCGCGCCGGCUCGGUCUCGAUACCAUCGGUAGUCGUUGAACGUCGUCGUUCACCCGAGUCCGAUGAAUCCAGCCCUCGCGGUGGAUGUUCCCUUUUAUGGGCGCGCGACGACGCCCUG